CGUCGUGACGCAAACAUGGGCCAGAGCAUCUUUGAGCGUAUCCAGGCCAAGCUGGAGCUCUUCCGCCUUGAGCAACGCUACACCCGUCGCCGUAACCGUCGAUCCACCUUCGUGUCCAAUGCCGUCUAUGUCGACGGCGAGUACGUCUACCAGACUCCCAACAGCACUGGCUCCUCGGCAGAGUCCAGCGCAUCUCGCAACGACGCACUGCAUGGGGACCGUGCCUCGCCUAUUCCUCGGUCUCCCUCGUACUCCACGACGCCCGAGCCCCAGACUCCCACCAUGGAGACGUUGCCUGAGCGCAAGAAGCUGAACCGCUUCAGCUCAAUGCCCGGCUUUGGAGGAUCUCGAGUAGACCAGCAGAGGACAGUCCAGCGCCGAACGAGCAUGAUUCGGUAAAGCGCCUCCAAAUGGCCCUACAAGCAUAAGAAACCGAAAAAAAAGCCAGUUUUGUUCAUUUUGGAUGGUGUACGGUUUGGAUUACAAGACGACGGGAAGCGGAUGAUACCAUAUCGGGGAGCUGCUCUUGGUUACGACCUUACCACGGCAACCCGACCUACAUGUAC